AAGCCGGAGUGGAGAGAAACACAGACUUUGCAAUGUGAGGUCGGAAAAGUGUGCGAGGGUAGAAAAAAAAAACAAAAGAGGGAAUAGGUGGUAAUGCCAGAAGGGCUGCAGACUGUAGACCGUCUAGGAAUCAAGCAGGUUCAGAAGUGAAACUUCUUCACAGCUGAAGUGGUUAUUCUGGGGCCAGGCCAAGUUGAUUGUUUGGCUCCUUUGAUCCAUGCGGCCUGACUAAGCUGGACAGGUGCUCAGCUUCAGUACUCAUCUAUACCUCCUGCAGCUAUGGAGAAACAGCUGGAAGAGCUGAAGCAGCAGCUGGAAAAACAAUGUCGGAUCAACCAGGAGCUGCAGAGGCAAAAUAAGGACCUGGAGCAACGGCUGAAAGACAAAGAAAAACUUUUGCAGGAGCUGCAGAGCCAGUACCAUGAUCUUGAGUUUCCCUCCCAGACUGCUAAUGAAACAGAGCCUGAAUUCAGGACGAGUCGAGCUGCCGUUAUGGCCCCUGAACCAAUUCCAGAGAAACUGGAAAUUUUAAGCAACAUGGUUAAGAAGACUGCCAGUGAGACAAAUCUUAUUGUUAAAGCCAUCCAGAAGAACGACUUCCUGAGCCGCCUAGACGAUGAGCAAAUAGCCAUGAUGGUGGACCUCUUAAUGUCAUCGAACUACAAACCUAGCGAAGAAGUCAUUAAGGAGGGAUCGGAGGGAGACAGCAUGUACAUAGUGGCAGCUGGUGAACUCAUCGUGACUCAGUCGGGUCGCGACCUGAGGACUCUGACGAAAGGAGACGUUUUCGGAGAGUUGGCCAUCCUCUACAACUGCAAAAGGACAGCGACAGUCAAAGCUAAGACACAUGUGCAUCUGUGGCGUAUGGAGCGACAGACGUACAGGACGAUUAUAACUAACAAGUCCAAGAAGAAACGAGAGCAGCUCAUGGGUUUCCUCAAGACGUCUCGUACUCUCAAGGAUCUGAAUGAUGCGCAGUUGUCCAAAAUUAUUGACUCCAUGGAGGAGGUUAAGUUUCAGGAUAAAGAGGUUAUAGUUCAAGAAGGAACAGAAGGAAACACUUUCUACAUCAUCCUCAAAGGAGAGGUUCUGGUGAGCAAGAACGUGAACGGACAACAGAAACAGAUUCGAAGGAUGGGAAAAGGGGAGCACUUCGGAGAGCAGGCCCUCAUACGAGAGAUCUUGAGAACUGCCACCUGCACGGCCGAUGGCCCUGUUACAUGCUUCUCUAUUGACAAGGAGGUUUUUGAAGAGACAAUCCCAGUAGAGCACCUCGAGCUGUUUGACGACUCCAAAGUGAUGAAAGAGGCGCAAGGUCCAGAAAAGCCAGGUCCGAGCUCCAGCCUGAAGUUUAAGGAUCUGGUUCCUGUUUUAUACCAGGAGGGACGCUAUCAAGGAGAUCCUGUCACACUUGGAGUUGGAGGAUUUGGUCGUGUGCAGCUGAUGGCCACAGUGAAUAAUGGGAAAUACUACGCCAUGAAGCGAGUCAGCAAGAAGCAAAUUGUUUCCAAGAGACAGGAGGAGCACAUGUUGUUUGAGAAGAAGAUCCUGAAAGCGAUCCAGUGUGACUUCAUUGUGAAACUUCAUGCAGCAUUUAAAGAUACAAGGUACAUCUACAUGGUGAUGGAGUUCUGUGGUGGUGGCGAGAUCUGGACCAAGCUCAAAGAAGUAGGGCGAUUUGAUGAACACAUUGCUGUGUUUUGCACUGCCUGCGUGGUGGAGGCCUACUCUUACCUUCACAAGAAGAGCAUCAUGUACAGAGACCUUAAGCCUGAGAACCUGAUGCUGGACAUGAAAGGCUACAUCAAACUGGUUGACUUUGGCUUUGCGAAGGAACUGGUGCGUGGCGAGAAAACCUACUCCUUUGUGGGCACGCCUGAGUACAUGGCUCCAGAGAUUAUCAAGAACCAGGGUCACGACUUCGCAGUUGACUUUUGGUCACUUGGCAUCCUGAUCUUUGAACUUUUGGUGGGAAGUCCUCCAUUUUCAAGCUCGGAGCCUCAGAAGAUUUAUUCCAAAAUUUUGGAUGGAGAACUCAAGUUUCCACCUUACCUGAGCGAGGCAGCAAAGUCAAUCAUCAGCAAACUGUGCAGACCUCGGCCGGGUCAGAGGUUAGGAAACACCAAGAAUGGAAUCAAAGAUGUCCGGCAUCACAGGUGGUACAGCAGCAUGAACUGGCACAAGCUGCGUAUGGGUCAGCUCGACGCUCCAACCAUACGACUCGUCCGCAAGGGUCCCUGCUACAUCAACUUUGAUAAAUUUCCUCUGGACCACUCAGUGGCAGAAGAGGAGUUUUCUGGAUGGGACCGUGAUUUCUAAUUCUCACGUUUAGGUUGAAGAAUCGAAUGGUGGGUGGUUUGUCCAUGCCAUCCCAACAAGGACCCUAAUUAAAGACACUAACCUUAGUUUAUUCAGCCUCUAAAGGGGCCAAAGGAAGAUUAAUGCUACUGGGUAUUGACAUAUCACACAACACAUUUCUUACCAAAUUUUCACACCAAUUACACUGAAGCUCCAGGGAGUCACUGUGACAAUAUGUGCGGAAGCUCCUCUGUUGCAGCGAGCGUCGGCUCACACACAAAUGUACCUCCGCAGACGAGGAGGAGGUGUAGAGGCAAAAUGGUAGGACUCUGUGUUUUCAUAUUCAGCGCAAAUGCACUUGGUAGCUGAUGAGUAAGUGUUAAAUUCAUGAGGCACCUUGCAGCGAUUAAGAAUACUCACCAGGUGAUCAAAUGCUUCCGACGUAAGGAAGAAUUACAGUGAAAAGUCUUUUCUUACUUUUUAAUUGUGCAGGAAAAUAAAAUGAAUAUACAUGUCA